CUUUCAAUGCAACAAAGUAUUGUAAUUUUACAAGACACAGCUAGUGGAUUAAACUACCUUCACAGUCUGGACCCUCAGUUCAUUCACGGACACCUUACAGCAGAGAAUAUCCUACUAGAUGCUAGGUUGAGAGCUAAGAUUGGAGUCUUUGCUAUUGAGUCCAACUUACAUCACCUAAAUCCAGAGUGCAUGCCCCUCGAAGCUGAGGAAGAUAGUGAUUCAAGUCUGAAUAUUUUCUCGUUUGGGCAUUUAGCUCUUGUCACUAUACUUAAAGAAAAAGUAGGACUACUUCCUUCACACUCUGUGAAUGAAGCUGGCAAGCGCAGUAGGCAACAGGAGGUUGACAGACAAGCUAGAUUCAUGCAAAAAGCCAGAAAGUUGAUAGCAAAGGAAAAUGGUGAAAUAAUGGUUACCAUCCAACAGUGCCACCGAAAUAACCCAGCAGAGAGACCUAACAUAAUGCAUGUUCUGGAAACACUGCAUAGAGCAAAUAAAGAUGCCGUUACUUCUAAACCAAUAGAUACUUAUGAGGACAUGAGCACUGAACAAGCUGAAUCUGUUGUUAAAGAAAUGUUACAGAAGGAAGGAAAAUUUAAGCAAAAAAAUUUGGUGGUGGUCCUGACAGGUUUAAUGGAGGCUGGUAAAACAACACUUCUGCAUCAAUUGUUUGGUAAGGACCUCAACAGAUACAACAGCACAGGUAUAGCUGAAAGGUCUUUGCGAGGUCUAACACAAUACCUGUGUAGUGCAGAUAAAGAGUUACGACUUGUUGAGAAUCCUAAAGACAUGUUUGACCUCGUAGCUAGGGUCAAAAUGGUGCCUUCUGUAAAAAGUAUUGAUUCUGAAGUUUCAAACACAACUGAAGAUGAAAAACACAAUGCAAAAGCAAGAACAACAGUAAACCAAAUAACAGAUAGCAAAGAAAGGGACACUACUAUAGUUACAUGUAGUACAGCCAAAGUUACUGAA